ACGGUUUAAGAUAUCGAAGAUCAGCGAACCAUGGAGUAUGACGAGACCAAAGCUCUCAGGGCCAAAGAGGUAGCUGAGAGAAAAUUCAUGGAACAAGAUUAUGCUGAAGCAAAUCUUUUUGCCAAAAAAGCAAGAGACCUGUGUCCGUGGCUUAAUUCUAUAUCGAUCUUGAUCACCGUUAUUGAUAUAUAUUGUGCAAAAGAGGAAGUCGUAAAUGGCCAAUCAGGUUGGCAUAAGGUUCUCAAGCUGGAAGGAUCUGCUAAUGUUGCCAAAAAAUGCGAAAAUUUCUGUAGCCUAGUUGAGAUUGUUCAAGCUGGCAGAAACACUGUGGUUGGUGCUGAAGGAGCCUUGCAAAUUCUUUCAGAGGCUUUUUGCAACGUGACUCGUUCAUUUUGGACCAAGUGUUCCGGGUGCCAGUAUCGGUUCCAAUACGCCAGUUUUAGAGCCUACACGGAGCUUGUGUGCAUAAACUGUAGCGAGUGUUUUGUUGCUGUGCCGCUCUCUUCUGGGUUCCACCCUACAAAUCAAAGAACAAUGUCUCAUUUCAGGCGGAGUGAUCAAGAUACGACAAGUGUGGUUCUUGCAUUAAAUGCAAUCAAAUCCAAGGGGAAGAGGAAGAAGAAAGAUGAGGGCGAGUCGUCGAGUAAGGCAUCCGAGUUUGAAAAAGAUGGUAUGAAGCUUUGAAGCUUGUAAAUCCAGGUUUAAUGGUGAUUUUGUGCACUGUUAGUCCUUUGUAAGAGUGAUGUGCUUCAAAAGUUGAAAUUGGUACUGAAAUUUAUGG